AUGGUGGUGAAAUUCAGAUCUGAAGACCUGAUGCAAGCAGCAAGAAUGGAUAUAGUAAACAGACAGGUCCGGCAUAGCUUGGUCCUCGUGUUCUUCCUAAUAACAAGUACAGAGAUACAGAUCACACAGAGAUACAGAUCACAUAGAGAUACAGGUCACAUAGUGAUACAGAUCACACAGAGAUACAGAUCACACAGAGAUACAGAUCACACAGCGGGACAGAUCACACAGAGAUACAGAUCACACAGCAGUACAGAUCACACAGCCGUACAGAUCACACAGCGGGACAGAUCACACAGCGGGACAGAUCACACAGCCGUACAGAUCACACAGCUGUACAGAUCACACAGCAGUACAGAUCACACAGCCGUACAGAUCACACAGCCAUACAGAUCACACAGCCAUACAGAUCACACAGCCAUACAGAUCACACAGCCAUACAGAUCACACAGCCAUACAGAUCACACAGCCGUACAGAUCACACAGCCGUACAGAUCACACAGCCGUACAGAUCACACAGCCGUACAGAUCACACAGCCGUACAGAUCACACAGCCGUACAGAUCACACAGCGGUACAGAUCACACAGCCGUACAGAUCAUACAGCCGUACAGAUCACACAGCCGUACAGAUCACACAGCCGUACAGAUCAUACAGCGGUACAGAUCACACAGCCGUACAGAUCACACAGCCGUACAGAUCACACAGCGCAUUUGAGACCCGUAAGCCAACGCUUGUUCGCCUUUCGGAUCACCUUAUGGGGGGUUACAAGAAGGACGUAAGACCAGUGCUGGACUGGAAGAAGACAACCACGGUGUAUAUUGACGUCAUGGUGUACGCUAUUCUGGGAGUAGAUGAGAAAAAUCAAGUCCUGACAACUUACAUCUGGUACAGACAGUUCUGGGUGGAUGAAUUUCUCACCUGGGAUCCAGCAAAGUUUGAGAAUGUGACUCAGAUUUCCAUCCCCACAGGAAACAUUUGGGUGCCAGAUAUCUUAAUAAAUGAAUUUGUAGAUGUUGGGAAAUCCCCAGAUAUCCCUUAUGUGUACGUCAACCAUGAGGGUAGAGUGCAGAACUACAAGCCCAUUCAAGUGGUGACAGCCUGCAGUCUUAACAUCUACAACUUUCCUUUUGACGUUCAGAACUGCUCCUUGACCUUCACGAGCUGGCUGCACACAAUUCAGGAUAUAAAUGUAUCCCUUUGGAGAACGCCAGAGGAAGUGAAAGAGGACAAAAGCCUCUUCAUGAACAAGGGCGAGUGGGAACUCCUUUACGUGUUAUCGCAGUACAGGACAUUCGUGGAGAAUGAAGACAGCUUUGCUGAGAUGAAAUUCCAUGUGGUGAUCAAAAGAAGGCCUCUUUUCUAUGCUGUAAAUCUGCUUCUUCCCAGUAUGUUUCUCAUGGUCAUGGAUAUCAUUGGCUUUUAUUUGCCCCCAGACAGCGGUGAGAGAGUUUCCUUCAAGAUCACCCUGUUACUGGGCUACUCCGUCUUCCUCAUCAUCGUAUCAGACACGUUACCUGCCACAGCCAUAGGGACCCCAUUAAUAGGUAAGUUCAAACCUUCUACCCUCCAUAUAAUCCCUUUCAUCAGAGCGUUGCGCAGACAUGUAUGUGUAUGCUGCGAACUCGGGUGCACAGGUGUAUAUUUUGUGGUGUGCAUGGCACUGCUUGUUAUCAGCUUGACCGAGACGAUCUUAAUAGUGCGACUCGUGCACAAGCAGGAUCUUCAGCCUCACGUUCCUGAGUGGGUGAAAAGACUGGUCCUUGAGAAGAUCACGGCGCUACUCUGCAUUCGAGACAAGAAUAGAUUUAGCGCUGAGGUUUGUCAGCAGAUGGAGAGCAAUAGUACAGCAAAACUGGCUCAUUACAACUCAGAAAAUUCCAAAAACUAUGAGAGGUCAAGUGGAGCGAUUGUGCCGCCGAAAGAGAGUGCAGUGAUAGUGGACAGUAUCCUUCAUGAGAUUGCAUCCAUACGGCACUACUUAGAGAAGAGAGAUGAGCAUCGCGACAUUGCUAAAGAAUGGUUGCAGGUCGGAUACGUCCUUGAUGUUCUCCUCUUCCGAGUGUAUUUAGUGGCGGUAUUGGCCUAUACGGUUACCAUGGCAACCUUGUGGUCCUAUUGGCAACAAGUCUGAUGUUUGGCAGAUCGCUGGUUAAUUGGACCAAACAAAGUAUUGUGCAGUUCUCCAUAAAGUCCAUUUAGUUCUUCAGAAAGAGAAACUCUAUGUUAAAUAUGUCUCUCUGCUUAUUGCCUUUAUAAAUGUGUCUUUAUACGCUGCUUUCUUAUUCAGCUACUACAAAGCUUCUAACUGUUCUGUAUUAUUUCCUACUGACACUUCCCGACACUGUUUACUAAAUCUAAAUACAGUCUAAAUCUGCUUCUGGCUAUGCGCUAAACCACCAGUAUGGCC